UUCUCCCCUUUCCCCGUGCGGAUCCACCCACUCUCGCCAGCGCAGCAGCAGCAGCACGCGAAACCCUCGCCGGCGACGGCGACGGUGAUGGCCUCCGCCCUGCUCGCCGGCCGGGGCGGGGUUAACCACCACCACCACCACCACCAGUGGGGGGAGACCCGUGCCCCGCUCGCGCCCGUGGCCCCCAAUUCCGAUCCCAACCACCCUCUCCAGCAGCGCGCCAACGGCUCGGCCACGAGGCCGCCGCCGUCAAGCUACGUGGCGCUGCGGCCGGGGGCAAUGGCUCACCGCGAGGCCCGCGCGCUGCGGGACCGCCUCGCCGGCGAGCUUGGCCAGGUCCGCGCCCUCAUCGCCCGGAUCGACACGUGGCAGCAGGGUCAGGUGAAGCGCCAUGGCUCGCCUCGCCGGGACCUCCCCACGCCGCCGGCGAAGCUCAGGGCGGCGAUGCGGAAGCGUUGCGAGCAGAUCCUGGCGAAGCUGCGGAAGGACAAGCGGAGCAUCUGGUUCAACGCCCCCGUCGAGGUCGACCGCCUCGGGCUCCACGACUACCACGCAGUCAUCAAGUGCCCCAUGGAUCUCGGCACGGUGAGGGCGAACCUCGCCGCCGGAAGGUACCCCUCACACGACGACUUCGCCGCCGACGUCCGGCUCACGUUCAGCAACGCGCUGAGAUACAACCCUGCGGGGCACGAGGUCCACACCUUCGCCGGCGACCUCCUGGCGUCCUUUGAGAAGAUGUACAAGGCAUCUAUGUCUUGGUUCGAGCAGGAACUCAAGCUCCUUGAGCCGCCGAUGCCAGUGCCGCCACCGGAAUUGCCACCGGCGACAGCUCCGGUGCAGGUGAAACCAAGGGCAGCGAAUGUGAAAAUGCGGAAGCCGAAGGCAAGGGAGCCGAACAAGAGGGAUAUGACGCUGGAGGAGAAGAACUUGUUGAGGGUUGGGUUGGAGAGCUUGCCAGAGGAGAAGAUGCAUAAUGUGCUGCAGAUUGUGCGGAAGAGGAAUGGCAAUCCUGAGCUGGUUGGGGGUGAGAUCGAGCUGGAUAUUGAUGAGAUGGAUGUCGAGACACAGUGGGAGCUUGAUCGAUUCGUCAACAACUUCAAGAAGGCGCUCAACAAGAGUCGACGGGCUGCCAUUGUUAAUGGUGAAAAUGCCGAUGUCAUUGAUGCUUCCGUGGCUAAUGAUAGUGAUAUGCUGGUGAAUGGCAGUACCGCUACGAUGGUGGACAACGGUGAUGUGACAAUGGCAAUAGAGAGCAAGGAUCCUGACAAGAUCACUACACAGGCCGAGCAGUUGGAUGAGUAUGUAGAUAUCGGGGAUGAAAUGCCAACAGCAACUUACCAAUCAGUGGAGAUUGAGAAGGAUACUGAGGCCGCGAGCAGUGGGUCCUCAUCAUCCAGUGAUUCAGGGAGCUCAAAGGACAGUGUCUCAGAAUCUGGCAAUGCCCAUUCUCUGGUGUAAGGCCUCCAUUCUAACAGUAGGAUACGAGUAGGUGGAUGAUUAAUUUCCUUUUGUGUGAUUGGUGGUGUAGAGACACCAAAAGUGUAGGUGUUUUGUAAGUUGAUUAAGAGGAGUUGGUAUCUGUUUGGAUUUAGUCAAGAUUAAUUUGUAGCGAGUGAACUGGCUUUGUGGCUAUUCUGAUAGCGCAGGUGUCCUAUGUACAUAUAAGUGAAAAAUGGAGACUACGGUAGCAAUUGGUAGACUGGUAGUUCACCAGGCUUUCUGAUCUGAAGAAGUGAAUAUGGUUCAUGUGGCUGUCUGUUCUUCUAGUUCUCAAUGCAGUUGUUUUGUUACAACUGUCAUAUACUCUUAAUACUCUUACGUAAUUUGAUGUGUCAUUAUGGGUGAUUGUAACUGUGGCAA